GAUUAUCCUGUAGAAAUAACUUCUUUCGCUGCGUACCGAGAUGAACUUCGUAAAGAAUUCGAAUUUCAUGAUGGAAUUCAGAAAAAGGCCUAUGACCGCCUCGCCGCAGUCGCCUCUAGCGCUACAAAGGAAGAUCCGUCGAAACCUUUGGUCUUCGUGGGCGUUCACGUCAGACUCACUGAUUAUCCGAACAUGAUGUCUACAGUAUUCUCCGUGGACGAUCUCGACAAAUCCUACGAAGGAUAUCUUCGUCGGGCGUUCAACUUCUUUACGGCGAGGUUCGACAACGUCAUUUUUGUCAUCACGUCGGAUGACGUCGUCACCACCACUAGCAUGACGAAAAAACUUGCUUUUCCUAACACAUUUGUGUCGCAAGGGUCGGCCGCGGAGGACAUGCAUUUGUUGACCCUCUGCAACCACACCAUCAUCACGUUCGGAACAUACGGGUUCUGGGCAGGGUUUCUGAACCCGGGCUUGACCGCAUACCCAGACCUGAAUUAUACAGGGGCUACGUAUGUGACGUCCCGGCAUUUCUAUGAGGCUGCUUAUCUCGACGAUUUUGUGCCGAUCUUGUAUAGGUGACGAUAUUUAUAUGAAGAAUAUCAUAAUGAAUUCUGGGACCAUUCAUUUCGUCGUGCCUUCUCGUUAAGAUGGCGAUGUAACUUAUUGUUUAAUGGGCCAGUCCUCUCGUUGCGCCUUCUCAUUAAGGUGGCGAUGUCACUUUUGAUUAAUGGGGCCAGUCCUCUCGU